GCAAAGAUCGAUGGCUAUAAAAGCGACGACACAAUGGAUCGAAGCACAGUGCAAUCGAAGUGUCACCAAGCUCAUCACAAUGGCUAGCAAAACGUUGUCGAACCUGAAGGUUCUGUCCAGUCUUCUACUUGUCGUCGCCAUUUCGGCUCUACCGACUCCAGAUUCAAGUGAAGAUCCAGCAGUUGAUCCCAUAAUUGACGAUGACGUUACCUUGGCGACUGACCUGCAGCCUCCCCCAAAACCUAACGAUAGCGAGUUAGUGUUCUACGUGGUAAAUGUCUAUGGUUCGAAGAAUUCCAGUGACGAGUCUUCGGAAGGCAAUCUCGAUACCGAUCUGAUCGAGAAAGUACCAAGAUUGACAGGCUCAAAGGCCACCACGUUCGUGGUCAUCGAGCUCGACGACAGCGACGAGGAAACCGACGACCCGGUGGAUCUCGACGACUUGGCGUUCGGUCUAGAAAUCAUAGAGGGUUUCAACGUGGAUAAAAUCGAAAAGAAUGGCGAAACGAGACUACUCAAAGUGACCGCUUAUGACAGUGGCGAUAACGACGUAGAAUCCACCAAGUCCAAGCUGGAAAAGAUUGCGAAGGAUCGUAACAAGAGAUCACCCUCUUCCGUGUGUAAACUGAGUUUUAAAAUGCUAUAGUUCGUUCGUUCGCUAUAGUUAUCGUGAAAAAAAAGUGAAAACAAAAAAUGGGUUUAAAAUCCCUUCUUCCUUGGUGAAAAAUAAAUUACCAUAGAAUCUUUAAUCAAAACUUUUAGAAAGACUCCGACAUAUAUGUAUAAGAGUGUUAUAAAUAUAUGCAUAAUGUUUCAAACAA